AUGGAAGCCAUUUUUAUCGUGAGAAAAAUCUCAGACCAGAAGACUAAGUUUGGCCACGUGGUAACUGCUUUACCACCCACCAUUGUGGAUGAAGUGUCCGAUUUCUUGGAAGCCGUUCCGGAGGUCGAACCUUACACCCAAUUGAAGGAGGAUAUUCUAAGGAGAAUGGGCCGUACUGAAGAAGCGCUUAUCCGCGAGUUAUUUAGCGACUUAACUCGUGAUGGUAGAACCCCUUCGCAACUUUUACGUUUCAUGAAGAGUCGGUUGGGUAAAAACAUUAUGGCUGACCCAAUUUUAAAAAGCCUGUGGUUGGAUCGCCUCCCCACCACCAUUACCCAAAUUUUGGCGCCCAUGUCGGAGAACACCCCACUCGACCAGUUAGCGGACGCUGCAGAUCGUAUUUUCUCCCAACUGGAUCACCAAACGACAUCAGUACACAGUGCUGAACCAUCCAGUGACCACAGGUCCUUGGAGAAAGCUGUGGAAGAACUACAGCGGCAAGUCAGAGACCUGACAUUUGCUCUGAAAAACCGUGGUCGAAACCGGUUUCCUUCCCGCCGUCGUUUUAGGAGUCGACCACGUUCGUCUAGCCGAGACGAUGAUACCUCUUCUUCCAUUAUGUGCUACUAUCAUCGUAGAUUUGGUUCUGCAGCACGUUACUGCACUAAGCCGUGCAAUUAUACUGCGGUCGCGGGAAACGAGACCGCCAGCAAGUGA